AUGUCGACCCGCCACUUCAACAAUUUCACACCACGUGCCAAUUCCACAUUUGAUCGCAUGAUUGUCCUGCGCGUGAUGCGACGCCUUAUCGUCGUCGCCGGUGUGCUAUCCGCGCCGACUGCCGCGAACGACGCGUGCGUGUAUUCGCGGCUCGCUCCGUCCUGGACCAACGUCUUGGUGUGCGAUCAGUCGCUGUGCCCGCCAGCCAACACGACGUGCAUUGUCGACAGUGCGACGUGCCGAUUCCUCGGCACGUCCGACAAGGUGUCAUGGGACAGCAUUGGAUCGUUUAAAGACGUCCCUGCCAAGUUCUCGUCGUGGUCGUUCAUGGGUGGCCGGAAUGUGAUCAACCUGGACAUGUCUGGUUUUCCAGAUCGAUUCACCGAGCUAAAAUUCACCAACGUGUCGCUGCCCACGCCGUCCACCAUGCCGCCGUGGCCAUCCCAUUUGCUCCAACUCACCAUGCAAAGCGGCAACUUGAAGUCGAUUAGCACGCUGUCCCCGUUCCCGCCAUCGCUUCAAUUGUUGUAUCUCGGGGCCAACUUUCUGUCGUCAUCGGACGAUUUGCAAGCGGUGCCGCCAUCCGUCACGCAGCUGUCGCUGCAAAACAACGAUUACACCGAGAUCGCGGACCAAGACUGGACUCGCAUGUCGACAGUGAAUUUGCAAGACUGCGGGCUGCUUCGAUCGAUCAACAUGGUCCAGUUUAGCACUGCGAUUGUCAACUUGGACUUGUCGUACUUGACCUUGACUCGCUGGAUCAUGGACAACAGCACGUUCAAAGCCUUGACCACGUCGCUGCGGCCCAACACGACGGUGCAGGACGCCAAGCGGGACGAUAGGCGAUACCUUGGCUACCACUACUACGGCACCUCGAUUCGAACCGACCCGACCGAGUGCCGCGGCCUGAAUGGAGUCAUUCAGGAACUGUGGGCAGAUAAAGCCUUGCGGGACGCCAAGUAUGCGGCCGAAGUUUACACCGUGUGCGUGAUCCAAGAGAAUUCACGUGCGACGGCUCCCGUGUCAACCUUGCCACCAACUCCCACACCGUCGUCCAACCAGACGGCUAUCAUUGCUGGCUCCGUGUCGAGCGGUGUCCUGGCCUUGGCCAUCGCUUGCUUUUUUGUUUGGCGCUAUUAUCGGCGUCCCGACCGCCCCAUCCACGACGACGACGCGCCGUCAACGACCAUGUCCCAUCCGUACUCGAGAUCCACCGACCCUCCCGUGUACCCUCGGUCGUCGAGGGCUUCGUCGUCUCUCAAAGGCGCGUCGGCCAACAGCGGCCUGCAUGUACUCGUGCCUAUCCAGUUGAACGAGUCCAACCUGCGCCUGGACAAGAUCGUUGGGUCGGGCGCGUUUGCCAACGUCUGGGUUGGGUCGUACCAGGGCCAAGCCGUCGCCGUCAAGGAGUUGCUGCCCGGCCGCGUGACGUCGGUACAAAUCCAGUCGUUUGUGGCCGAGAUCCACCUGAUGAGCUCGUUUUCAUCUCCGUUCAUUGUGCACGUCGUCGGAGCGUGCUGGACCAAGCCGUCCAACUUGAAGUGCGUGAUGGAACUCAUGGACGGUGGCGACUUGAAAGAUUACUUGGAGCACCACACGCCCGCGACGUUUCCGUGGACGCGCAAAGUCCAGCACAUGUACAGCAUCGUGCAGGCGCUCGUGUACUUGCACUCGAAGAACGUGAUCCACCGCGACAUCAAAUCUCGCAACGUCUUGCUCGACUCGCAGCGCGGCACGAAAGUGACGGAUUUUGGCACGUCCAAAGAAGACUUGCAAGCCACGAUGACCGUGGGGGUCGGCACGUUUCGGUGGAUGGCGCCCGAAGUGCUCCAGGACAAAGGGUACACGAUUUCCGCUGACAUGUACUCGUUCGGGAUGAUCCUCUCCGAGUUUGACACGCAUCACAUCCCGUACGUGGACCUGGUCACUGCCAACGGGCAUCCGUUACCAGACAGCGCGAUCAUGCUCAAAGUUAGCACCGGAACGAUUCGGCCAACGUUCACGCAGGAUUGCCCCCAAUGGGUCCACGACUUGGGGUUGCGGUGCGUCGCGCAGGACCCGAACGAUCGCCCCACCGCGAUACAAGCAUCUUACGAAAUAUCCAAGCGCCUCGGUGCGUAGGAGGCGACAGAACGGAAAGUGCCCUGAAUAGGACAAAUAUGUGCCACAAAACGAACACUGCGCAGUGUGCAGCACUCUGGGGCAUCCUUUCUCGUCGUGUACCCACUGGGGAAGUCCUCGUGCUGAUUAUUUUUUGUCUUCCAAGAUGACUAUUGCUGUGUUGCGUCCAUGCUUCUGGU